AUGGCCCCAAGAAAUUAUUCUAUCUCCAUGGCUCAAUACUGUUGUUGCGUUCUCAAACCGAUUCCUGGAGGGUUUUCGUGGCGAAAACUUCCCAGAUGGUUAAAAUGUCUGGUCUUGUGCAAGUGCAUAAUCGGCCACAUCACGUUCUGGUUUGGAGCGUUCCUAUUGAUUUUCUGGCUGGUCUUCCUUCCUCACGAGCCUAGAUUUACUGUUACGGAUGCCCCUCUAACCCAAUUCAUUUUCAGCAGCAGUGACAGCAGCACCGGUACUAAUCUUCACUACCACCUCGCCCUCAACAUCACCAUCAGAAACCCCAAUAGAAGGGUCGGCAUUUACUACCGCAGCAUGACAGUGUCUGCUAGCUACAGAAAGAAGAAGUUUGGCCUGGUAAAUUUGACGGAUCCGGUACCAUUUUACCAAGGCCACAAGAACACAACUCUCUUGCAUCAUCUUGUGCUUAAAGGGCAGCAGCAGUUGGUGAAAUUUGGGAAGCGUGACAUCUCCCAGUUUGACAAGGAGACUGUUGCUGGGGUUUAUAGUAUUAAUGUGCAGGUAACUUUUCGGGUCAACGUCAGGUAUGGAAAGAACAAGGUGAAGUUUUUGAAACCGGAAACCUACGAUGACCAACAUAUCAACUGCAAGCUGAAACUUCCUUUCAGUGUUACUAAUGAGACAUCUGGUAAUGGUUUCAAGGCUACAAAGUGCGAUGGUGUUGGUAUAUUCAAGGACUUACCAUACUGA